UUUCUAUCGUCCAACAGAAGAUUCUUUUUCGUUUCGUCAUAACUGACUGUCCGCACUUUCGCUGCUUUUGUUCCGACGGGCAUUUUACGAAUAGAAAAAUAUGCAAAAAAUCUCUUCAGGUGUUGCAUCUUCCCCCCAUGACGCCAUGUGAAUCAUAAUUCUAUGCUCACCCACAUUUCUAAUUGCUAUAUUUGGUUCCCAGACCAUUUAUUUUUAUAUUGUUUUUCGACCGAAGUAUAAGUAAGAACUCAAUUGCAGAAGGAAGAGCAAAUAAAACGCGCGGCUACAACCGAUGGAAUGCGCUGCAUCUACCGUUUUAUUUAGCACGAUUACGACCCAGUAGUUGUAAGCGGCAGAUACAACUCCGGCAAGAAACAAAGAGAAGCCCCCGAGGAUGGCGGUCAAGGACAGUCCGUCGUCCAUCUACGUGGCGAUCCGAGUGCGGCCGUUUGUGCCCCGCGAGAAGAAGGCCAAGGAGGGCACCUGCCUGGAGUGCCGGCACCCGGAAAUCAAGCUGAUCAACACCACCUCGGGUUCGGUGCAGAGCUUCGAGCUCGAUGAGAUUUGGGACAGCAGCUGCGACCCGACCUCGCCGCUCUUCUUCGACCAGGAGAAGGUCUACAGAAAGAUGGGAAUGCACAUCCUCGGCGAGCUCCGGGACGGCUACAACUGCGCGCUCUUCGCCUACGGGCAGACCGGGUCGGGCAAAACCACCUCAAUUAUGGGGGACAUGAACCCGGAGAAGGAGCGCGGCAUUUUGCCACGCCUGCUCUACGACCUGUUUGCCUUCUACGACGGGAAGCAGAAGCUGGGAUGGAAGGUUAUGACCUGCUCAAAUGUUACAAUUUCAAACGUUAAAAUAGAAUCUGGGUUUUGUGUUGCAUGAUAAGCAUGACAGACUCGGACAGCAUCCCAGUUUGUGCAAUACAAAUUUCGCGAGAUUGUAGUGCGGAUGGGGGCUCCAGAACUUGUCAUGCGCAAUCCUAUGAGAGUUGGCUAGAUAAUGCACUUGUUGCAAGACAAAUUCCAGAUUCUAUUGUAACGCUUGAGAUUGUAAAAACACCUGAGCAGGUUAUAAAGGUGGACGUCCGGGUGCGCAUGCUGGAAAUCUACAACGAGCGAAUCCAGGACCUGCUCCGCCCGUCCAACGAGAAGGUCAGCAAGAAGCUGGACGUGCGGAUGCACCCGAAGCUGGGGGUGUACGUGCCGGACCUGACGAUAAACGCGGUCGAGUCGGCGGAGGACUGCAUCCACCUGCUGGAGUACGGGGUCACCAUGAAAACCGUGGCCGCCACGCAGAUGAACGCGCAGAGCUCGCGCGCGCACACCAUUUUCGCCAUGAAAAUCGAAAAAGACAUCAAGGAGGGCUACGGGGAGAGACACGAGUCGUCGGAGCUCUUCAUCGUGGAUCUCGCGGGCCGAGAAAACGAGCGAACCACCCUAGCAACCGGGGAGCGACUGGUGGAGCUCAGUUUCAUCAACAAGUCCCUGUUCCACCUUGCGAACUGCAUCCACGCGCUCGGAAGCGCUCAGCAAGCGUCCUCGGCAUGUACAAGUUGUUUUUUACUUAUUCAAACAUGACUAAUUCUAAUUUCUGCCUGAUCAUGAAUUGCACAUGCGCAUGCGCUUGAGAUAAAAAAUUUGAACGCCGAUGGUGCACCAGCAGUAGAAGGAUGAGUAGUACACAUAGCAAUCACCGUAGAAGUAGUAGUUUUUCACAAUCACACCAUGAGAUACAAGUGAUUAGCUGUUCCAUCUGCAGAUCGCAACACGGACGUGAGCCUGUUGUAUGCUUGCAAAGAAAUCCAAACUUUCUUCCUUUUCUUGACGUACGUCAAACUAUCGAGAGUCAAAGGUAUGAUCUAUCCAAAACAGCCGGGAAGUCCACGAAGCCCGGCGGGCAGCACGCCAAAGUCGCAAGCACGCAGCGUGACAUAUCCCAGGCGAAUUUUCGCAACAGCAAGCUCACAUUGUUGCUCUCCGAGGCGCUCUCCGGAAACAGCAAGACGUACAUGAUCGGCACGCUCUCGCCCGCGGUCUCGGCCUUUGAGGAGAACCAGGUCACGCUCCGGUUCGCCGCCACCGUGAAGAACAUUAAGCUGAAGGCCUCGAAGAUCGAGGCGUCUAAGACGGACCAGGUGUCCGCGCUGAACGACGAGCUGAUCCGGCUCCGCGAGCAGCUCGCGAACGCGCCCGCGGGCGGCAAGGUAGACGGCGAGCUCCGCGAGCAGCUGGACGCGACCAACGCGGCGCUGGCGGAAAAGCAGCGGUCCUGGGAGGACGCGAAGAAGGAGGCGGAGCGCAACGCGGAGGACCGCAACAAGAUGCUGAAGAAGCUCGGCGUCCAGAAGAUGAAGUACCAGCAGCAACUGGACCGGAUGAAGGAGAAGUACGCCAAACCCCUGCCCUACAUCAGCAACGAGGCCGCGGACCCGCACCUGAGUGGCCGGAUCGAGUACAGCUUCGACUUGAAGCGGGCCAAGAACCAGCUGAAGGGCUCGUGGUUCUUCGGGUCGGAUUACGACGCGCUGGUGAAGACCGCGAAGGAGUUCGACAUCGCGCCGGAGGCGAAGCUGGCGCGCAGCAGCGACCGGUCGAGCGCGGGCGGCGAGGAGGUGGACAACUGCGUGGAGAUUUCGGGGCUGGGCAUCUCCGCGAAGCUGUGCCGGUUUGACGUGACGGGCACCCCCCCGGCAUCCAAAUCGAAGGAGACAUCAAACCGCAACGAGUUGGAGAACUCGGACCUCGACGACAAAACCGGGACCACGACCACGACCGGCAGCCGGUUCGGCGGCCGCGCGUACCCGAGCGCGCUGGAGGUGGACGAGGUGGCUAUAAUGGAGAAGCCAGAGGACAUCCGGGGGUCCUUCAGCCUGCAGAAACAGGAGUCCCACACACUGACCGUGACGCGGCUGAGCAGCGACGGGCAGGUGAUGGUGAACAACGAAACCUUGGAGGUCGGCAAGCCCCACGCGCUGCUGCAGGGCGACAAGGUGAUCCUCGGCCGGGCGUACAUCUUCCGGUGCUACGUGGACUCCGCCGAGGACGACAAGGAGCUGCACGAGCGCGGGUCCACGGGGCUGGUCACGCCCCGGCAUAGGCGCAGCAAGUACAACUCACAGGCCUCGCUGGAAAAAUGCAUCCGGGACCUGCUUAUCAGCUGCAAAAAUGUCUGGGUCUGGAAGGAUGCAACUUGUGAUGCGCAUUUCAGAACACAGAAAAAUCUCUCAUGCAUAGGUAGCAAAAGCUGCCCACUUUCUGUCACCAAAGUGGGGGAUUUGUCAUGCGGAUCCGGCAUUGCGGAAGCUUCUCGAAACCUGUGAUGCUAGAGCUUCCACGCCAGACCUUCUGCGUCAUGCAAAAACAGCAUGACUCUUCCAGACCCAGACACUUUUGCAUUUGAUACUGCUCGGGGGCGAGACCCUGGCGGACAACACCGAAAUCUUUCUCGCCAAGAGCUACCUGGCCCAGCUGCGGUCGUUGUCGAUUGACAACGAGCCGCGGGUGUAUUCCUUUUUGUACGAGGCGAAGAAGACCAAGCACUUGGUGGACGAGGCCAACGAGAUCACGACCGCGGUGCGGCCGCAGGACAACCUGAAGUUCGAGCUAGACACGAGCAGUCCCCUGCUUUUUACAGGGUACGCCACCUCGCACUACAUGCCGCAGCUGAUGGUGCGGGUGGUCCGCAUGCUCACGCCGGCGCAGAAGAAGUGGGGGGCCAUCCGGCACCGGAUACACUUCGCGAAGGGGCACAUUCUGCAGCAGUCGCACCUCCAGGAGUACGACGAGGAGAUCCACAAGCACCCGGAGAACCACCCGGUUCAGGACUGCGAGGUGCUGUUCGUUUGGUCGAUCACGAAAUUUUUGGGCCGGUUUAUGGAUGUGUCAGAGUUGAAAUCGACAAAGUUGAAAUAAUUUGUUAUGCAUAAAAUGGAUGCCAGUUGGAACCCAGUUUCCAAGUGGCGCAUGACAAAUUUCGGUCGCGGGGCAUGUUCGGGUGUUCCGGGCAGUGCAUUGUGCACCCCUCGGACCCCGCACCCCCCGGGCUUUAGCUGCGCAGUCUGUUAAGCAUGACAAAUUUCGGUGGUCCCUAAAUCCAGUUUGUCAUGCUGUUUAGGCAAAGAAGAGCGAUUUUCUCAUGCUACUUUAGCAGCUCACGCUGUAACCCCAAACAGGCUUACAAUCGGCCUCACUUGCCUGCUCUGCAACGCACGCACCUCGGGCCAUGCAUUUUAUGCAUUGCAAGUUAUUUCAACUUUGACGAUUUCAAACCUGACGCUUCCAUACGGUUGGACAUGAUGCGGGACAUCUACCACAACUGGAUGUCGGGGGUCAGCUUUUUUGUGGAUUUAAAGGAGGAUCCUUGGGUAUCAAAAGGAAAAAUCCCCCCUCCCCAUAUUGAAGAGGUAGGUUUUCGAAAAUUUGUGUUGCUGAUUUGAGGUCACAAAUCACGUUUGUGUUGCAAGAAGACAAGGGCAGCAGCUUCCGUCCCAUUAUGGAGGCGGUUUGUGAUGCUGUUGAGCCAACACCACGGACGCUUUUCAUGCUAUGCGCCUAAGUCAAAGCCUCUCUGCUCAGGCUUGAUAUGGGUCUGCAGUCCUCUCCAGCAAGACAGAUAUGAUUUGCGUACUCAAAUACAGCAACACACAUUCCGCUUUCGAUAUGGGGAGGGGGGAUUUUUCCUCACAAUACUGGGUGGAGGCAGGCCCGGUAGAGAUGGAAUUUUGGAUGCGGGAGAAGGAAGAAGAAAAAUUAAUGGAGAUUGAACAGCUAAAGAAGGAGAUUGGUACGUUUUUAUUUAUUAGUACAGCUGAUGCUGAGUCUUUCAUCUUGAUGACGAGUUUCGGUUUAUUCUUUCGCGAUUUUGCCACUCGCAUGCGCCUCGAUUUUUUUUUUCAGUGGUGCGCAUCGGUUUCAAGUUUAAGUACAGAAUUAUAUGCAUGAUUUUUUUCUACUGAUUAUUCCAAGAAUAGAACGCGGAGGAGGAGGAUUUGAUGAGACGACACGGCGGUCCUGGUCCAGUACUGUAUCAAGGUGAAUUCUGAUUCUGAUUCUAACUCCCAAACUUUUCAUUUUCCAAUAUAACAGUGGGCUACAAGGAGAAGGCGAAGCAAGCGAAGACCGACCGCGACGAGUCGGAGAAGAAGCGGGUGAAGCUGGAACGGGAGCUCGCUCUGAAGAAGCAGGAGGAGAUAGAGGAGAACAAAAUCUCCAACGCCGCGGGCCAGAUGUCCGAAAUGCAGUUGUUGAAGGAAAAUGCCAAAGUGAAGGCACAGGUGGCGACCCUGCAGGAGGAGCUGACCAAGCUGAAACUGGACCAGGCCACCAAGGAGAAGCAGAACGCGAGCAAUAGCAAGCAGUCGGCCGAACAGGAAAAAAAGUUGAAGCAGCAACAGCAGCAAUUCGUGGAGGAAAAACAGAAGAUGCUGGACCGGUUCAAAUCCGAAAAAGACAGCUUGAAGGAGGAACUAGAGAAAAGGUUGUCCGACCUGAAAAAGAAAGACGCCGUGGAGAAGGACGCGUUCAUGAAAAACGCCGAGAACGACAAGAUGGAGCUGCGCAAAGCGUUUGAGGAAGAGAAAAACAGCAUGCGGAGACAGUUUAAGGAGGACCUGGAGAACAUCCGGCAGAUGGAGCAACAAGAAAUGGAAUCAAAAUACCAGCAGCACGAACAGCAGAUUGCCACAUUGAACGAACUACUCGCAGAAGCGCUCGCGAAGUCGGGGAACGCAUAGCUUGUUGCAGAGGAAGCACUGAGAAAUAUCCCGCUGUGCUGUCGUUCUUGAUUCCGCAUGAGGAGCGACCCGUUGCUCCAGUAGCAAGUGCGCAAUACUAGCAAUUCUUUUUCAGCUACACAUACACCAUGUUGAACUUGAAAGCGUUUUUUUUCAUUUCAUUUUUCUGCUUAUGUGCUGCACCCCGUUCUUUUUUCAUGUUGUUUUUUCUUCAUGUAGGGUGUGGCAAUUGUGUCUACUUAUUUGGCGGAUGGCGCGCAUGGUGCUUCAUAAGAUUUCUCGAAGAGAUCGAUUUUUCAAGCCAUUCCCAUUUCUCUUACACGAUAAAGCUAC